AUGAUUGCUGAAGUUUAGAGUAGUGAAGAUCUAUUAGUAAUGUGUAGGAUAUGUGAGAAAUAAACAGAUGCUUCAUUGAUUGAGAAUCACCUAGUGAAUUGCUAACAAAUCUUUGAGGCUAGAAAGCAUUUGCAUCAAUUGGAUGUGCAAAUUCAAAAAUUAGCAGAGUAGGCUCAGAACAGCUUUCGUACAAUAAAUACAAAAUAUCAAAUCCAUAAGUCCAAGCAGGCUAGAUAUACAAACCAGGAUAAUCGUGGAAUGAGGAGCAGUGCACCGUUGAAAUUGAAUCAACCAGAUGAUUGUGCAAGUGAGGAGACAGGUUCAAGAACAAACAAGUGCGCAGUCAAAUCGAGGUUUGCGAACUUAGGAGCAAGUUUAGCAAAUAACGAGGCCUCCCAAGAGUAGACUUAGUAGGAAUGUGUGACUUAGACUGUUUAAUAGUCCAUUACGGGAGAGGAUUUCGAUCAAAUAAUGAAACAAUAGAUAAAGUUAUCAAAGAAAAUAGAAUAAUAGAAACAAGGAAAUAAGUUUGUUUAUUCUCCAGAAAUCAAACAAAUAAGUUCUCCGAUAUCGAAUGGUAUGGGAAGUCCAUUUUCUCUUGAUGAUAACACUGAAAUUUUGAAAGAUUUGAGACUACAGUUAGACUCUCUGUCCAUCAUCACUAAAUAUACUGAAGAAACUCUUAGAACAAAUCAUGGUACUCAAUCAAUUUAAUUUGAUCUAAAAAUACAAGUGGAUUUGUUCAACAUCAAACACACUCUCUAAAAGGAGGUCCAAGAUCUAGUGAAACUGACUUUGAAACUGAUUGAAGAGAAGGUGCAAUGUACUUAAAAAAUAUCGAGAUUGCAGAAACUGAUUUCGGAGGAAGAGAAAAUAGAAAAUCUUACAUCUCCACGUCUCAAGAUCAACAAUGUAGAAUUAGGAAAUCGUAGGACUUCAUUAGGAAAUUCUCUAUAAGGACAUUUUGAAAUGCUCAAGAACAGUGGUAAUGGAGCCAAAUGGUUGAAUAAGUAAAACAUAGUUCCGAAUUCUGAACCCAGUAAGUAGACUUAAUCGAAAACCUUCACUGAAGGUGUAGGAAAGGAUUGUAUCUUUUAGAAAUGUCUGAGUGAAUCUGAAGAUGGAGGAUAGAGUAGCAGUGCAUCAGAUUCAGAGGGUGUGGUGUCUAAGGAAAUCAAAAAAAAUAUUACUAAGAAAUCACUGGAAGAAUCUUUUGAAAUGGAUAACUAUGUAAAAUAAUCAAAAAGCAAUAUGAUUUCAUUUAAGGAUUUGAAUCAACAUCAGGUGGAUAAUCAGUGUGAGUUUGAUAAUGAGAAGGAACAGAAGGUUAAGGGGUAUUACAGUGAUGGAGAUUUCAAGACUACUAAAUUGGUGAAGAAUAAAUAAUUAUUGAAUGUUACUCUUUAGGACUUUGAAUUUAUCCAGGUGUUGGGUGUCGGAGCAUUUGGAGCAGUGUGGUUGGUUUGUAAGAAGAAGACUAAGGAUUAUUAUGCAAUGAAGGUGAUAGAUUGUAGAAAUAAGAAUAUGAAUGAAAUUCAGAAUUUAAGAGCUGAAAAAAAUGUAUUUGAAAUCUUAGAAGGUGAUUUUGUAGUAAAAGCAUUUUAUUCAUUUAUUUAAGACAAUUGUUUAUUGUUCUUGUUAGAAUAUAUGAUGGGGGGUGAUUUCAGUUAAGUUCUUUAUCAAUAUGGACGUAUUUCAGAAUCAGUGGCUAAAUUUUAUUUGGCUGAGUUGCUCUUAGCAAUUGAAUCAUUACACAAGAAAAGAAUAAUUCACAGAGAUUUGAAACCACAAAAUAUCUUAUUGGAUGCACAGGGUCAUCUAAAGUUGGCUGAUUUUGGGUUAUCUGAAAUCGCAUUAGUGUAAAAGAUUAAGGAAGGGAAAGACGGAUUCAAUAGUUCCAUUGAUCCUGAGGCAUUACCUAUGAAUGUUUCAAAGAGGAACAUCAAAAUGAAAAGCAAUAUUGAAUUUCAUCUACAAAAGACUGCUACUAAGACAAGUAUUUAAGAGAGAACUCAAUCAGGAAAAAGAUAGAAUAGAAUAAUUGGAACUCCCGAUUACAUUCCCCCUGAAGUCAUCUGUGGAUAAUCUAUAUCGAACUUUUCAAUAGAUUGGUGGGCUUUUGGAGUGAUAGCAUAUGAAUUUUUAGUAGGCAUUCCACCAUUCAAUGAUUCUAGCAUUCCGAAGGUGUUUGAGAACAUAAUGAAUGGGAGCAUCGAAUGGCCAGAGAUAGGAUGUGGAGAAGACUCGAUGAGUUAGGAGGCAUAUGAGUUAAUUAAUUCAUUAUUAGAACCUUAAUACCAUAAGAGACUUGGAGAGAAAGGUGCUGAAGAAGUUAAAUCUCAUAAGUUCUUCAAUGCAGUUGAUUGGAAUAACAUAAGGAAUCAGGAGGCUCCCAUGAUUCCAAUACGAGAUUUAGACUAAUUGGAGGAGGAAGAGAGCAAUAUCACGAAGAAGAAGAAUGAGGAGGUGAAAAUGAAGGAUAGAUUGCAAUCAGUGCAAGUCUCCCAUGAUGGAAACCUAGAUGAUGUAGCCAAUCUAACCAGAGUUGAUCUAUUGGCCAAGAUCAGUUAGAAGGAUGCUGAAAAUGUCAUGAAAAAAAGAUCAAUUCGGAAGACUAUUUAACAAUUUCUAUGA